GCCUCGUCGCCCCGGCGACCGAGUCGCGCUCCGCGCGGAGUUAGCGCUCCUUGCCCUCAAUGCCACAGAACUGGCGGCCCAGGAGGAACCGCAGAGUCAAGAAAAUAUUUGCGGCACACCUCUGUCAAACGGUGACUGUACAAGAACAUCUUCUGGUAUCUUUGAGAGAAAUGGAAUAGGUACUCAUACCACUCCUAAUGGGAUUGUCUAUAAAGGAAGCUGGAAAGAUGACAAGAUGAAUGGUUUUGGAAGACUUGAGCAUUUUUCAGGAGCAGUGUAUGAAGGACACUUUAAAGACAAUAUGUUUCAUGGAUUGGGGACUUAUACAUUCCCAAAUGGGGCAAAGUAUACUGGAAACUUCAAUGAAAAUAGGGUGGAAGGUGAAGGACAGUAUACUGACAUCCGGGGACUAGAAUGGUGUGGUAACUUUCAUUUCACUGCUGCUCCAGGCCUGAGACUAAAGCUCCACAUGUAGUAUAUUUUGCAUUAAAAUUUUAAUGUGGUAACUGAACUUUUUAGUUAUAAGGAAAACUUAGUCACCUAAGUAACUUCAUAUACUACCUCUCUAUCAUAAUUUUGCCAAUAAAACCAUCUCUCAAUGCCUUUUUGAACUUUA